AUGGCUGGCCAAUACAUCCUUCCUCAAGCUUUGUAUCAUAGCAAUAUGCUGAAGGCUAUGAAGAUUAGAGAGAGGACACCUGAGGAUCUAGUCAAACCUCCCAUUGGAAUAAUUCACCACUUCAGGACUAUGCACAGAUACACCAUAGAAAUGUUCAGAAUGUGCCAGUUUUGCCCUCAAUUUCGGGAAACACUUCAGAAAUCCCUGACUGACCAGGCUACCCAGACUUCACUGGAGCGCCAGAGGAAGCUCAACUGGUGCAUGGAAGUUCGGAGACUCGUUCCUUUGAAGACUAAUGGUGAUGGAAAUUGCCUCAUGCACGCUGCAUCGCAGUACAUGUGGGGUAUUGAAGAUAUCGACCUCGUUUUAAGGAAAACAUUGUUUAGUGCUCUCAGGGAGAUUGACACACGGAACUUCAAGCUCCGCUGGCAGCGGGAGGCUAUUAAAUCCCAGGAGUUUGUAGAAACAGGACUCCACUAUGACACCCGGAACUGGGAGGAAGAAUGGGAAUACCUCAUUGAAAUGACCUCCCCAGAAAUAUCUGGGGCUCAAAACAGGCUUCCAUAUAAUGCACUGGAAGAAAUCCACAUCUUCAUCCUUGCUAACAUCCUCAGAAGGCCAGUUAUUGUCCUUGCAGAUAAAGUCGUGAGAAGUUUAGAGUCAGGCUCCAGUUUUGCUCCUCUGAACGUUGGUGGUGUUUACUUGCCUCUCCUUUGGCCAGCUGAAGAAUGCUACAGAUACCCAAUUGUGCUCGGGUAUGACAACAUGCAUUUUACACCACUGGUGACUCUGAAGGACAGUGGGCCAGAAAUUCGGGCUGUCCCUCUGGUCACCAGUGAACAAGGCAGAUUUGAGGAUCUGAGUGUGCACUUUCUGACAGAUACAGAAGAGAGGGAGAAAGAGCAGCUGCUAAAAGACUACUUGAUUGUGAUAGAAAUUCCAGUGCAAGGCUGGGAUCAUGGUACAACUCAUCUAAUUAAUGCUGCAAAGUUAGAUGAAGGCAACCUACCCAAAGAAAUAAACCUCGUGGAAGAUUACUUUCAGCUGGUACAGCAUGAGUACAAGAAGUGGCAGGAGAAUGCUGAACCUGCUAGAAGAGAGACCUGUUCCAGGAACAGGCAGGAACUGUCGCUUUCCCAGCUCUCCCUCUUACAGAUGAAAUGUGAAACACUGAAUUGCCCUUUCUACAUGUCUGUGAACACCCAGCCCUACUGCCAUGAAUGCUUUGAGCAGAGGUCCCAAGGAAACAAAGGAAGAAAGCAGACCUCCAAAGCAGCACCUGAGAAACUGAAGGCAGCUGGGUCAGGCUCCUCUCGUGGGGAUAUUUGUGAACCUGGGGGACGGACAUCUGAAGGGCCUGUAACAGAGCCUCGCUCCGCACCUCCAACCGCUCCGAGUCUUUUCUUGUAUAGUGAGACCACAGCCAUGAAAUGUAGGACACCAGACUGUCCCUUUACAUUGAACGUGCAACACAAUGGGCUGUGCGAACGCUGCUACAACUCCAGACAGCUUGGCCCUUGCAACAACUUGGAUGACCGGAGACAUUUAGACUAUGCCACCUGCAAAAUGUGCUAUCAGAAGGCCAACAGGACCUUCAAUGGUAUAUGCAGCACUUGUUUCAAAAGGUCUACAGAGCCAUCCUCAAAUGGCAGCCCCACUUUUCUGCCCACCGGCCACCAGAGGUCAACAUCUGACCCAUCCCAGAUCUCACAGAUCCUCCACCAGCACUCCUGCCAUCAGGCUCCCAACAACCACGGUGAGGAGCCCCCACCACCGGCGCUGCCUCCCGAGGAGAACAGGGGAGGUAACCUCUGUAGGAAACCUGGCUGCAAGUUUUUUGGGACAUCGCAAAAUGAGGGCUUUUGCACGCUGUGUUUCUUUGAGUACAGGGAAAACCAUGGUAAAUCUCAGAGGAAGUCUUCAGCAGCAGGUCAGAUGGGGACCUCGGCUGCCGGCUUCCGUAAUACUGUGUCCUGCCAGCGGCGUGACUGUGGCACCCUGGGCAGCACAAUGCUCGAGGGCUACUGCCAGAACUGCUUCAUUAUAGCCCAGAACCAGCGAUUUCAGGAAGCCAGGAGGACAGAAGAACAGCUGAGAACGGAACAGCACAGAGAUGUGCAGCGAGCAGUGUUGAGUAGCCAGAAGAGACAGUGUGCUGUGGCUUCAUGUAGAAACAACCUGGCUGGCAGAAGUGAUGACCUGUGCCCGGAGUGCCGGCGCCUCAGUCAGCUUCCACCGCUGGGCAGUGCCAGGAACCCGGCGGCACCGGAGCCCCCGAAGCAACGCUGCCGAGCCCCUGCCUGUGAUCACUAUGGCAAUGCCAAGUGCAACGGGUACUGCAACGAAUGCUACCAGUUCAAACAGAUCUAUGGCUAG